AUGAAACCCAGGAAAGACUACAACAUGGUUCCGACUGAUUCCAGCGACCAGUCCUAUGCCCACCCUGCAUUUAGAGAUCAGAGCCCCUCGAGCAGUGGUUUCCUUGCAAGGACAGAUCCACUACCAUUUGCCUCGAAAUUCGAACCUUUAACUCAAAGUCUUCUACCAGAGGAACCAAAUCUACCGGGGCCACCGCGGACUAUCAAUAUUUCGAAAGCACGAUCGCAUACUAGACACCAUUCGACAUCUAAUACGAGUCCAAGGAUUGAUAUUACGAUGGCUACCACGCCGCCUUUGGUGUCGCCCGUGUCGACGGGACCUUCUGGUCAGCGAUUUUCGUCGAAUCGGGGUUCAAUGAAUUCGAUUAUCUCGACAUCAUCCGUUCCGACAUCCCCUAUUAGCGAUAAGCGACCUGGCAGAUUCAAGAGCGAUUUUGCGGGUCCGUUCAAAAGAGCUUCGUGGCAGAAAAGCACAUCUCCAGAUCCUUCGUUUAGAAGCCAUAGACGGCAGUUUUCUGAGGAGUCGGGCAGAUAUAAAACAUCUGCUUUCACGGAACAAGUUGUCGAAGAGGAGGAAAAUGAAGGAGCAGCAGAGGAUAAUAAUGUAAAGAACAAUGACACCGCUCCAACAAACACCACAACAAGAGAUCCCGGGGCAAGCUCGAAUGGGCAGAAUCAGGACAACGAAAUAUUUCAUACAGUAUCAAACGAAAGUCCGAGAAACAGCCUAGGUCUACGAUAUGUUUCGCCUGACGAAGGCAGUGGAAACAAGCCGCAGAUAUCAUACAGGAACGGUCCACCAGAUGAUGAUUACAACUCCGAUACGGAACCAGCCACCCUUCAGAAGAAAAAGAGACCAAAGGCCGACUGGUUGAGUAUCAUCAUUCUAUUGCUAUGCAUAUAUUCAACAAUCGGCUCGAUUUUCUUUUUUGUGAUUGCGGUCGCUCGUCCGCGAUACGGCAAGAGAAUUGCAACGACCGCUGGCUUAAAGCCGCAGGAUGCGCAGUUGGUAUCUGCCAUCAUUGCGAAGACUAUUGAAUUGAGUUUCGUCAGCGUCUUUGUUUCCUUCCUUGGCCAAGUACUCUCCCGAAGAGCUCUCAUGACGGGCUCAAAAGGUGUGAACAUCGCUGAGUUGUCCAUGAGAAGUUGGGUUACACAACCAGGAACCCUCCUCACACAUACUUCAUCCGUCAAAUUCGCCGGCCUAACAUUUCUUGGCGCUCUUUCACUAACGGCGACCGUCUUUGCAAGUUUUUAUACUACUGCUGCCGAUACCCUUGUAUCCCCAAAACUUGCUUGGGGCAGUUUCGAGGCAAAAAAUUUCACAGGUUUGGCGAGUUCAUCAUACGCCAAUGGCACACAUAGAAUUUUGGGAUGCGAAACGUCUAUUUCUGACGAGGAAGAUCCUAUCAGUGCGGGUUAUCUGACUCCUCUUUCGCGGGCAACUUGCGAUAGUAUAUUAUCCGGAGGAAGGGGCUACAGAGAUCUAAGCGACUGGAAUGCGGCGUGGGCGGAAGGGCGGGGGAGAUCGUAUCCAAAUCCUCUUAAACGUCCCACCGCGCCUUCGUCGUUGGACCUCGUAAAUUAUGCUGGAGCUUGGAUACAAGUUACUGGAGAGAAUGGAGUUAACAGAGCUAUUUUGGCAAUGCCGCAUCCUGGAAUCGUCGCUGCUACGAGGGACCCUCAGUUGAACGACAUUUUACAGCCCGACGAAAUAGGCUCGGGAUAUGGGUCUUUCAUCGUCAAAGCUGCAGUACCAAAUCCAAUCGUUGAUGUCACCUGCGCUCCGGUCGACCCUGACCGUGUCGAAUGGUACCUCGCGCAAAGUGACGAAAAGGAUUACCGGAGGAACGGUACUUCGGACCCUUUGAUCCAGCAAGUUUUCAGUUUCAACAACACUGCGACAUAUCAUUUUAACACGACUACGCAACUGUUUCCUGAUACUGAUGGUUUCGCGGCUCCUCGAUUUAAAAGGGCGCCAAUCGCACUUAAUACAGUUAUCAACAGCGCCGUGGGAGAUCCAUCGGUUUAUUUCCUCAUUCGAUCACCCAACGUCGCCCCUCGGGUGGGUGGGUAUACUUUGUGUGGAAUGAAGAGUUUUGUGACACCAAAUUGCUCCAGCGAGUUUCAGGCAUUUGAAAGCGGUGGGAAUAUGACUGCGAACUGCGAUUUGGACAAUCAGUUAGCAUUCAAGGAGGACCUUCGACGGCAGGGAGUAGCGACGCUGGAAAACCCUAUCGAAGGUAAAGAACCAGUUCGUGACAAUGUCCAAAAUGACUUCCGAGAUGUCGCUCAAGGUGUAUUAAUCGCUCUUUCUCUAAACACGGGUGUAAGCAACAGCAACGCCUCUAUCGCUCGCUUCCUCUCGCAGCUUGCGCUUGAUAGUCCAACUAGCAAUCUCAGCGAUUCUAGGCCUUCAUUAGCUGAAGCUUUGGCAGUAAUUCUCGGAAACGCCAUGAUUACAAGUGCCGUUGAUUCGGUUUUUACAACAUAUUUCCCGUACGGUCCGGAUGUACCACGGCCUUUUCGGGAGUACUUUAACGGCCAGUUGGCAACUAUAGAGUAUACCUCUGGAGCUGGGAGUGGCUGGAAACCUAUUUUCUAUGUUGUUCUUGUUGGGGUAUUGUUGAUGAAUGUGUUUUGUCUUAUAUACUUCUCGUGUGUUAGAGAUGGAUUUGUGACUGAUUGGACGGAACUACAAAAUUUGUUCUGUGUAGUUAUGGAUGGCGGGGCUAUUAAAAAUGACGGAUAUAGUAGUGGGAAGAAGCGUCAGGGUCUCGAUGAGGAAACGUGGAAAGGUACAGGGGGGACUGGGCCUAUGGGGUCACAGUAUAAAGUUGGAUUUUGGUUUACGCAAAAGCAGGGGAGGUGGUAUGUUACUGACGGGGCUGCUGGUGAGAAGGGUGGUAAGGCGACCGGAUAUGAGAGGAUGGUAUGA